GAGCUGGGCAAGCCCCGCCCCCUGGCUGGGAGGGCUACUUCCACCAAUGGCAGAGCUCCCAGUGCAGAGCCUGCGGGUUAGGUUGUGAGGCUCCGGCCAGAGGCGGGGAGGAGCGGAGGGGUUCAGAACGAGCUCGGCCGCAGGGUGGGUCUGGGCGUCCCGCGCGCCCUUCGUUGAAGCGGCGGUGGCCGGGCUGGGCGCCGGCAGUGGAAAGCGACGGCGCGGCUGGAAAAUGCCAGUCCAUUCCCGAGGGGAUAAGAAGGAGACAAACCAUCACGAUGAGAUGGAGGUGGACUACGCCGAAAACGAGGGGAGCAGCUCCGAGGACGAGGACACAGAGAGCUCUUCCGUCUCCGAGGAUGGAGAUAGUUCAGAAAUGGAUGAUGAAGACUGUGAAAGAAGAAGAAUGGAAUGUUUAGAUGAAAUGUCCAAUCUUGAAAAACAGUUUACCGAUCUCAAGGAUCAACUUUAUAAAGAACGAUUAAGUCAGGUGGAUGCAAAACUACAAGAAGUCAUAGCUGGAAAAGCACCAGAAUAUUUGGAACCACUGGCAACUUUACAAGAAAAUAUGCAAAUUCGUACAAAGGUAGCAGGAAUCUAUAGAGAGCUCUGCUUAGAAUCUGUAAAGAACAAAUAUGAAUGUGAAAUUCAAGCUUCUCGUCAGCAUUGUGAGAGUGAAAAACUGUUGUUAUAUGAUACAGUCCAGAGUGAACUGGAAGAGAAGAUAAGAAGGCUUGAAGAAGACAGGCACAGCAUUGAUAUCACCUCAGAGCUGUGGAAUGAUGAGCUUCAGUCAAGAAAAAAGAGGAAGGAUCCUUUCAGUCCUGACAAAAAGAAGCCAGUUGUUGUUUCAGGCCCAUAUAUAGUUUAUAUGCUACAAGAUCUUGAUAUUCUUGAAGACUGGACAACAAUUAGGAAGGCGAUGGCUACACUGGGUCCACACAGAGUGAAAACAGAACCACCUGUGAAACUGGAAAAACAUCUGCACAGUGCUAGAUCUGAAGAGGGAAGAUUAUAUUAUGAUGGUGAAUGGUAUAUACGUGGACAAACAAUAUGUAUUGACAAAAAGGAUGAAUGUCCUACAAGUGUUAUGAAUUUGACAGUGUGCCUCCAUGAUGUAUAGACCUGUUAAUCCUUCACUUUUUUGUGCCAUAAUUACAACAAUUAACCAUGAUGAAGUUUGGUUUAAGAGGCCUGAUGGAAGCAAAUCUAAGCUUUACAUUUCACAGCUACAGAAAGGAAAAUAUUCAAUUAAACAUUCGUAAUCAUCAUUUAAGUGUUAUCUAAAUCUACCUUAUUAGUGUUACGAAGUGUGACGUGCCAUGGGAGUAAAAAAUGUAUUCAAUAACUUAAUAUUCUCAUUGAAUCAUGAGAGACUGUAUUUGUAGGUAGUACUCUAAGUAGACUUCAUACUGAUAUGUUAUUAAAAGAGACAGUAAAAAAGUGUAAUCAUGAUCAUUACAUUUGUUUGCCUUUUAGGUCCGUUGACCAAUAGGUGUAUGGUAGGGGUUUCUUACUAAACUUUUUUCUUGGUUUUAAUGCAGAUCUCUGUUUAGUGAACUAUGUUGCUAAAUGGCUACUUUUAUCUGCAUUUUAUUUUUCCAUAUCUGUGUCAUUCAUCAGGUGUUUGUAAAUAAGCCUCAUAAAAUGUUUCCUAUAAAUGGUUUGUACUAGUACAUUAGUGUUUAAUCGGAAUUGAAAUUUAAACAUAUAUGUGAGUAUGUAUAUAUGGCAUCAUCAGCUUAUUUAGAACUGAUGGCCUUACUUUACAAUCUUGUUUUACCCAAAAUUAUGCUAUUGGGUUUGAAAGCUAAAAGGAGCACUUUUGUAGACUAGCAGCUUUCUUUCUCCUCUUCCUUGAUUGUAUGGUGGUGACCUAUUUUUACAAAUUAUACUUAAUGUUAAUUAGUAAAAUUAGUGUCAAGUAAUAACAUGCUUCUACCUGUAUUUCUUGUGAAUCUUUAGAGGGCAGGUAUUUAUGCCUGGUAUUUAUGAUACAGUAUAUAUAAGUGGUGAACAGUAACUGACAGUAUUGUGGUGCUUGCUGUAUAUGUCUGAUCUUUUGAAACAGAUUUUUAGUAAGCAUUUUCCAGAGGUAAAACUAGGUUCUUAUCCUAAUUUUAUUGCUAAGACAAAAUAGACAGGGAUAAUUUCCUUGAAUCUGUUCUCAAAUGAAUAAUUUUAUCUUUGGUGUUUCUACACUUUAAAGCCACUCAGUGCAAUUUAGAAAAUACUGGCCUCUUUUCCUCAGCCACAUUCAAAAUUAAAUUCUAAAACCUCAGGAAUAGUACAAAGAAUCGAAACCCUCAAUAUGGCAGCACAGUGGCUGUAGUAUAUAUUAGGGUACAACCAAAUCAAGUACUCCUGGUGGUCUUGUGCACUUUAACUUCUGUUAGAAUGAGACUCAAGAGGACGAAGAAGAGAUCUACUUACGAAUAACACUUAGGGCAGGAAUAUGUGCAUCAUUCCGUUUCUUACUAUUUUUACCUCUGCAAACAUCUUCCUGUGCAGAUCACUACUUCACAGUUGCCAAAUGUUAAAAAAUUUGACUUCUGAAAUUCAUUAUCAGCAAAUUUAUGUACUUUGUUCUGUUUCUAAUUCACGGUUAGCAAAUGUAUAUAAUGUCAUAAUCUAAUAGUAUUUGGCAGUUCUUAUGUAUACAAUGUUUCAUAAGCAUUUUUAAUAAGAUUUGUAUUUUUAAAUUUAGUAUAUAAUAAAAAGAUGUGUUUGAGUGUCA